AUGGUGUGGAGGCAGUCUCUUCUCUCUCACGUGGGAUGUUAUGUGGAUGCCACUCUAUCUGGCCGAGUCCUACAGACAUCCCUUUUUUGUUCCCUUUUCUGCCUUCAUCAUUGUUCUCCACCUUUUCUUUACAGUCACGGUUUUGCACGUUCACAGCUUUGUCAGGCAAAUCUAUCCCUUUGGAACUCAUAUUUACAGCCAACUUCCAUAAAGUGUAAGAGUCCCAUUUGGCAGUUGAUGGGAGAAGUGUAUCUGUAUCAUCCGGCGCAGUCUGUCUCCCACCGGGAUCCACGGCUGUUUCUCUCGGCAGCAACAUACAGUGGGUCUCUCUGUGCACCAGACACCUGCCAGGAGGGCCACUGAUCUGUGCAUGUGCUUUCUUCUGCGUGAGUAUGGCGACGAAGAGAAAGAAGGUCGUUGGAUCCAUGGAGCAGAAACCUGGACAAAGGAGAGACAAGGCAGAAGGUAGCCAACAACUAUGGUGUCGAACGGGUAGCAGUAGGAGAAUGGAAAUGGAAUCGAUUGCAGAUAGAAAAAUGGUGUUCUCCAAAGUUACCGAUGGUGUGCUGAAAGAGAGGAAAACAAUGAAAAAUGUGACUAUGAAAAAGUUAUUGAAGCUUUGUAUGUUUGGUUUACGCAGCUGAGAGACAAAGGUGUGUGUAUUUCAGGGCCUAUUUUACAGCAAAAGGUAUUGCGUUUUCGAAAAGAAUUUAAUGAAGGGGAAUCAGAUUUUACAGCAAGCAUUGGCUCGACAGGUGGAAGAAACGUUAUGGAAUCCAUCAGUUAAGUGUUUGUGGUGAGAAGCUGUCAUCAAAUUUUCAAGAAAUAGAGGCAUUCAAGAAAGAAAUUCAAGGGGAAAAAAAUUCAAGACUUUGUUGAAACUGAAAGCCUAACGGGUGAUCAGAUGUUUGAUUGUGACGAGACCGGCCUCAAUUGCAAAAUUUUACCGAGCAAGAGUCUUGCAGCCAGAACUGAAGGGAAAAAAAUUCAAGACUUUGUUGAAACUGAAAGCCUAACGGGUGAUCAGAUGUUUGAUUGUGACGAGACUGGCCUCAAUUGCAAAAUUUUACCGAGCAGGAGUCUUGCAGCCAGAACUGAAGCAGCAGCCCCAGGCUAAAAGCGUAGUAAAGAAAGGCUGACAAUGUUAGCAUGCAGCAGUGCUACAGCAAACCACAAAAUGGACCUCGCAAUGAUUGGGAAGCCCAAAAAUCCAAGAGCCUUUAAAACAGUUUCAAAAAAUGCUCUUCCUGUAAAAUACUACAAUCAAAAAAGUUUGUUGAUGACCAGUGAAAUGUUCAAAAGACUAUUAUUAUUAUAAUAACUAUUAUAUUCCGCCCUAUCUCCCCAAGGGGACUCAGGGCGGAUCACAAUACACAUACACGGCAACCAUUCAAUGCUGUUUGGAGACAGGACAGAACAGAAUAAGACAAACAGAAGGAGGUGCGUAGUCUUGAAGUCCAGGUUUUUGGUGCCUUGGAGGCUGAUGUUCUGCUCAGAUUCAGUCACAGGGGUGCUGUUGCUUCAUUCUCUGUGACAAAGAGCCAUCAGAACUUCCUCCCUCCACCUUCCUCUUGGUCACCGCAUUUCUGGGCUUGUUCUUUAUGGUGUUUUAAAAUACCUCCCCCACAAUUUGCGUUACCUCAUUUCUCUAUUUACAGCUUGUAAACUGUUUUCGAACUGCUUAGGUAAACAGUGAGCUGGGCUGGAGGUCGAGCGCUCACCCCCGACCGGGCUUCAAACUGGCCACCUUUCGGUUGGUGGAUCUUAUUACUGCUGUUGAUUUACCAGUUGUGCUACAGCCCAGCCCUAAGGAACUUGUUCUUUCCACGGAGGAAUUUUUGAAGGAAAUUUACCUGCCCAGGAAAGUGGUUUUGUUGCUAGACAAUGCCUCAACACACCCUGAUGCAGAGGAGCUUCAAGAGGGGGACAUGAAGGCGAUGUUUCUGCCACCGAAUGUAACCGUCAUAUGCCAACCGAUGGAUCAGGGCGUUUUGGAAGAGCUCAAAAGGAACUAUUGCAGGAAGCUAUUCUCGGCAAGGAUAGAAGAAAUGGAAUAAGUUGAUCUCGCAAAGAUGGCGAGACUUGGCAGCGGAGAAAUGGCAAUCGCUGGAAAAGCAGUAGAUAACGGGGAGAAGAGCCAUGUAUGCACCAAGUACAGGAAGCAUUUGGGACACAACUGGGCCUUUCGUCGAGACCAGCAAGCCCACAGAGAAGAUGGAGGUUCUGCCAGAGAAAGGCCCGACAAAUGCAAUGUAUGUGGGCAGUGUUUUACCCAAAAUGUGGCACUUGUGCUUCACAAGACACUUGAUGUUGGGAAAAGCCAUCUUAAAGGGAAAGUAUCUGCAAAAUGUGUGGUGAAACACAAGAAAUUUCACACAGGUCAGGAACAAUACAGAUGCCAAGAGUGUGGGAAGUGUUUUGCUUCCAGUUCAGCCUUGGUGAGGCUCAAAAGACUCCACACAGGAGAGAAGCCAUACCAAUGUCAGGAGUGUGGGAAAUGUUUUGCUGACAGUUCAGCCUUGGUGAUGCACAAAAGAAGCCACACAGGAGAGAAGCCAUAUAAAUGCCAUGAAUGUGGAAAAUGUUUUACUCAGAGUUCAGCUCUUAACAAGCACCAGAGAACACAUACUGGCUAAAAAACAGCCAUUGUGGGUAAAUGUCUGAUUUCAAACAGGACCCUUUGAGAAGUUCUGCGUCAGAUUUGGUGGAGUCCCCGUUCUUGUCAUUUGAACCUGUAAGUUGGAGGUCUGUUCUCUGGAGCAGCAGAAAGAAAGCUCUGUGUGAAAAUCCCUCAGAGCAGUGGUUCUCAAC